GAAAUGUAAAUAACAAUGAGCCGAAACUUAAAACUGGGAGGCGUAAAUUUAUGUUCAAUAUGUGAACCACUGUGCUUUUUGUAAUACAGGUUCCAUGGGAUCCGAACGUAAAAAACACCACGGUCACCAGACAUUUGUAAUUUGGAGUCAGGCCCACGUUACGGGAGUUUGCAGACCCUUUGUACAGUGAAAUGGACCGAUCAUCUAAUACAAGUAUGCUGCACAAGGUGGAAUUGAAUAGCCUCGAUGUAUCGAACUUGUUGUGGGAUAUGCAGAAGACAUGUGUUACAAAUGAGGACAUAGAACUGCUGUGGGAAAUCAAAAAUGUCUGGUUGGUCCGGAACAAGGAUCUGGAAGAAAGAUACGAAAAGAAACGCAAAUUAAUGAAGACUUUGGAAAGAUCAGACGAGCAAGUACAGGAUGACUUGCUUUUUAUGGCAGAAGGAUGGAACAACGUUCACAAAAUUUGCAAGUAUGGACCACGAUGUCAGGAGAAAAAGAACAAUGUACUUGGAGACACACAAUAUGGGAUUCACAUGAACAGGCAUUACGAUAUCUUAACACGAUUCAUGGCGUUCAAGAACUUUCAACAAGCAAACUACAUAGUAGUUCUAAGGGCAAUGCUUGGACGCGUCAAGAAAGUGAAACCUUACUUAACAGGGGAAUAUGGCUGUAUAGCACCAACACCAAAUUAUGACUCUCAUGUUUCCGAGGAUGAGCCUGACCUGACAAGCAUUGACAUCUGCGAUGCCAUUGCCUACAACUUUGUCUAUAUGUAUGAAUACGACGAAGAAACCAUUCUUCCUAUGGCAUAUCCUUCACAUGUACUCCCUAUUGCAGUUAUACAGCUGUAUCGAACCAGAAACAGACUAAUUCGUCCAUUAACAUACAAAAGGGAAAGGGAUCUUGUAAAUAGCAAAAAUGUUCAACGUCUUGCUAAUGAAACAAAGCCUUUAAAACAUUUGCCAAAAGCAGCACCAUACAAAAAAUAUAUAGUUGAAGGUAGGCGUUCAGGGACAAAACUUAUCUCAGAUGUACCUAUCGAACCUCCAUCCCAAAAUCCACCAUCAGAAACAACAAAAAGACUAGAAAAAUUCAGAAGAGCUUCCACUAUGUCUGGAGGAACCGGUAUGGCUCAUCUGUUUUACAAACUACCUUUCAACAAAAUGCCCCUCUCGUGGCAGCGGAAGUUUUAUUUCAGAAAGAAACCAAGACAUAAGCUGUAUUCAAAGGGAACAUAUAGAAGACGUUCAAGAUCAAGAUCAUCAAGUAAAGAAUCAGAUAACAGUCGAAGAUUACAUUCCAAAAGUACACCACCCAGAUCAAUUUCACGAGAAAAGAACGUGUUUGAAAUUUUCGACAAACCUCUCCCUGACAAGAAAUCCCAGUCAAAAGAGAAGGAAAUGACAUCAGUAAACAGUGUAAGAAAUGAAGGCAAUAACACAGGAAAUAGACCUAUCAGUGGCAGUAAUACACCAACACAAGAUGAACUACACUGUAACAACGAAAAUGUGUUUCCAAAGAUUGAGAUUUGUAUGGAUUCUGCACCAAAUGUCAUAGAUAAACCAGAAACCUCACAAAUAUGUUUGGAACAUAAAAAUAGUAAUCGGGGGGCGGAGGAUAAUAACUGGAUGAGAUCUAAUGAGUUUUCCAGUUGCUUUACACCAGAGAGUACAACGUCUAUGAAUGACUCGCAACAAAAGGACACACAAAUAGGAAAUUCAGCAUCAACAAAAUCUAAAACAUCAGCUAUGCAAAAUGCUUCAAAAGAACCAAGAUAUCAGCUUGUCAGGAUAACAAUUGAUGAGCCAGAUACUCAGAGCAUUUAUCAUGAGUUGAGAGGAAUCAAACUACCAAAUUGUGAUAAAAAGGCAGUGAAAGACCCAAGGCUACUGCGUGCUAUGGGUUGUAUCAUAGAGAGUCCUGUAAUGGCUGGUUUUGGACCAUUCCUACGUCGAAUCAAAGAGGAACCACCUGAUGAUCAAAGUUAUGAAAAAGGUUCAGUAAAGAAAAUGAAAGAUAUUCUUCCCAUCCAAGCCAUUAAACAGGAACCGGAACCUGAACAAAAUGAAGAUGACGUUGAGAAAGUGUUGAAAGAACUGGAUAAUGCUAUUAAAGCAAUUCAGAAUGAAAAGGAUCAAGAGAAUACAAAAACAACAGAAUCAACAAAUAAUGAGAUUUUGGAAAAUGGUAAAAAUGCUACUAUGGAUGAUACAAAGUCAGAAAAACAGAACACUUGUGAGAAUGAUAAAGAACAAGAAAAGGACGAAUUCCAUCCAAGAAACAUGGGAUUCUCCUCCUAUCUUCCAGAAUACAGUGACACCAGUGACUUUGAGAGGACAGCACGGGUUUUAACUGAGGUGUUUGCUGAGAAGCCAUUGUCACCAACUAAAAAGUUACCUAUGAGCAUGUCUGACUACUUUGGCACUAGUAAUCCAAACGUCUCUCUCAGUUCAGCAAAGACAAAUAUUGAACACAAACUGUCGGAUAUCAAUUCAGAUUGUGAAACUACCAGAACAGUAGAAAUAAUGAAGAGAAAUCAGGAAAAUGAGUACGACAACACCAGUAAAUCAAACGUAUCUCCAGAGGACAAAUCUAAAACCGAAAGUCUCAAAUCCAGAACGGAACGAAAACACAACAAAAAUAAAGUUUCCUCUGAUUCUAGAAUGUGCCAUCUUAAUAUAUCUGAAAACGACAACUCAAGUACUGAUUGUAAAAUCGAAACAAACACAGACAGAGAACUCAGCAGAGAGAGAAGCAGAUCAAGAUCUCUUCAUUCUUCACAAAAACACAGAAGUCGAAGUAGAUCAGAGUCACAAACUAAAACACAAAAAAGAAAAUUUAAAAGAAAACGAAGCAGAUCUGGUUCUCUCAGUAAGAUCGAAAGAGGUCGGGUAAAGACUAAAUCAUCACAUUCAAAAAAGAAAAAACAGAAAAAACACAAAUCUAGACGUUCUUCUUCAUGUGAGAAAAACCGUAGCAGAAGCAGAUCUUUAUCAAUAAUAUCUGGAGAAUGGAAGGAACCUAUCAGCUUUUCAAGUCGUAGUCGUUCAAGAUCAAGAUCAGGCAGUUCUAAAAGAAGUCUAACAGGUAAAAAACACGACGUUUUCAACAGCAGUGCCAAGGAUGGUGAUGAACACAAAACAAAUUGGAAGUCCCGAGCUGAAGUAAUACGUGCUCGGGAAAACUCGCCCGGGCGCUUACUUUAUCUUGAACAAAGGAGAAAGCUUGACAUAUCGAGACGUUUGAUUGCUAAAGCAAAACGACAAAAAGGGGAAGGAAUCACAAGAAAAUGUGAUGAUGAAACAGGUAUGGAAGAUAUUCAUUACCAGAAAGUGUUGAAAAAAUCACGACAUACCCCUAAACAAUUUGACUCAUCGGAUGAACAGAGGAGUUCUUUUGUUGAUGAUUCAAGAGAGGCAGAGGUUUCAGAGAGGAGAGGUAUCACAACAAGUGACGAAACUGUUGUAAAUUCAACGUUAUCAAAAGCCAUGACAAGUUUACUGAAGAAAAUUGUAUUCAGGGAUAAUUGUAAUCAGGAUAACAGUGCAGAGGGAAGAAUGGCGGACAUGGUGAUAGAAUUGGUCAAAGACCAGAUGAGCAAGGAGUUACAAUCUGGUCCAUCCACAUCUACAGCACAGACUCAAUCAAUGCAUCCAUUUGUGCCAUACUUAAAACAAACAAGGAACAUGGAAGAGCUAUAUGGCUCUAAUCCGUGGAAUGCUGCAACCAACAGCAGUAGGAGAUCCAGUCGCAGCGAAUUUCCUGAAACAUACAUGGAACAUACAUAUCAGAGAGAAGAGGCGGGUGACAAUCGAAAUUUGACUUCUUAUUUCCAUUCAAAAAGACGUCCAUUUGCAUCAAAAAAUCGUUUCAACUUCUCUCACCAAGGUCACUUCGGUGAUUCCAUUCGAAGUUCUUUUAGAGGAAAGUUGUAUCAUAAAGUAAUGCAGAAAACACCAGGAUCAACUUACAGAGGAAGGUUUAAUUCCUCACGCGGGUUUUUUCAUCAGAGAGUAUGGCGGGGAAGCUACAAGUCAAGAGGCAGAGGAAAUUCAAGUUACUCCAGUUCCUCACACUCUCGUGGUUCUAAAGAUAAGGACAGUUACGACAAAAGAUAAAUGAGUUGUGAUCUUGAGAUGAGCAUCUUCCUGUAACUCACAUACAUCCUAACAUAUAUAGUGUAACCAUAAUCAUAUACAAAAUGUAAGACUAAUCAUUAGUAGGCAGGAUUUGAUUUCUAACCAGAUAUUCAUAACCGUACAGAUUAAACAUUACCUGGAAUGGUAAUGUAUAAGUUUGCAAUGUAUUCAGUUUUUAUACAGGGGUAUAUUUUU